AGUCAAAUGGACGGAGCAGAAGCCACUUUUAUUGAAUUAGUCAAAUGAAGUCCGGCUGACCUAACGGGGCAGGUGACUGCUAGAGGAGUGAUCUCCCACACAGCCCAAAGUCCCAUAGGACGGCGGUCGGGCACAACAUCAUCUUAGAAAAGCAGUCAUGGGGCAGAAGCUGGAGAGGGUGUCUGAAAGGGAUGAGGAAUCCCUUGAUAAUUCAGACUGGUCCGAGCAAACCGGAGACACGCGGCUCUCCGAGGCUGCAGAACAAGAUGAGUGCAGACAUCACGAGGAUGGCGGUUCUGUGUUUUCCCAUCAGAGCAUUGGUGGUGUUAGAGGAAUCAACAUCGGCAACUCAGGGCUGGCUGUCAUUUCUUCACGUACAGACCCCCAAAGUGGGCAGCCAAUCAGGGCUCAGGGUCAGCAGGAACACCUUCUGAACUCUAGAGAAGGGUGGGUGGUUCCGGGCAGGGAGACAGCCUCUCAUGUUGGGGAGUCAAAGAGAGUCUUAAGCUUUAAGGAGACAAGACAAAUUUCCAACAAAAAGCAAGGCUCUGUUAAGGGGGCUGCAGUCUGGAUUGAGACUGCAGCAAUGGAUGAGCAGGAAAAUCUGAAUUUUUCUGAAACUGGCAGCAGCAGGGGUUUAACAGCCUCAUGCAACCCUACUAACGAGGAAGACUUUGUAGUUCUGGAAAGAGAUGAAAACUGGAUAUCGAAUGAUGCAGAAAACAAUACUCCAGGUCAUCACAACAAACCUGGAGAUAAGGAGGAUGGUUCUCAAAGCUGCAAUGAAUCAAAACUUUCACAGCCUUCCAGGAUUACUCCUCAAGAAAGGAAUAAUGACAUUGCACAUGCUAAAAGUUCACCCGGAGACAGUUUAGAGACAGAAAAGGGUGGUCAUUCGACUCAAGUGACAGGCAGCAGGUGUCAGCUAAAAGGAGUAAGUUGUGUCCGGGCUGCUCAAAGCAAGACAACUGGUAAGGGAAUGGCAGAGACGGACCAAAAUAUUGCUGCUCCUAUGAGGGAGGAACAAAAGAAAUGUAAAGAUCAGCGACAAGAAGGUAAUCAGAACCAUGAGAACAAGUUUGCUGGGGCUGUCUCCAAGAGGGCUAAAGCUGGAGUUCAGGGCAAUCAUUUAUUGUCUACCAAAAAAGAUAACAGCCAAGCAUUUGAUAAAGUCACCAGCUCUUGCCCUUCACAGCCUGAAAUAUCUCACUCUGGACAACCACAGCUGCAAGACAGCCACCUAUUCACACCGGAACAAACUAACUCUAUGCCUUCUUCAUCUCAGCCAGGGAGCUGCAAUGAAAAGAUGCAGAUUGCUUGUCUCAAGAAGGAGACUGAGCUUGUUUGCUUCUCUGCUGUUGUCACACCUCCACCUUACACUCAUCUUUUACCUGGGAAAGACACAACCAAAACAAGUUCGGUCAAUACAUCCAGUCCUCCAGAAGCACCGUCUGCCUUGUCCACUUCCACCAACGACUUUAUGCCAGCAGAACAAUCCAAACCCAAAGGUCCACCUCCUCCUGUUCCCAAAAAACCUAAGAACCCAUUCAUAAAGCUUAAAACUGCACAAUUAAUUUCUACUGAUGUGCAAGGAAGAGCCAAACACCAUCUGCGAUCAGAGGACAGGGCAAAGAGGAGACACACGUUUGAUUUUAACAAAGUUCCUCUGUAUGGCACAUCAGCUAAUCAGGACAUGUGUAUGCUGUGGGACGAAAAGGGCACAUAUACUGUACCAACUAACUUUCGCCGAUUGUCAGCUGACAUCAGUCCCUGGGACCAUCUGUCUCUGAGGGACAUGGAUGACCACUUCGGAGAUAUGAUUGAUUAUGAAUAUUGUGUGCGAAUGGCAGGGUUGUCUCCAGAGGAAGAGCCUCAAGACUUGGACAUGAUGCAAAGACGAGUGUUCCUCGAGAGACGAUCCAGGCGCAAAUGGUCACCUCCUCCUAUUACGGAAAGGCCACGACAUACCCUGGCAAAGCAAGUGAUCACAACAGAUAGUGAAACUGAAAACCCAACAUCUACACUUUCAGAGAAAAAGGAAACAGAACCCAUCUUCCUGACUGACAGAGCCCUCAUGCAGGUGAAUGCAAACAGCCAGAGUGAGCAUCCUAAAGAUUUAACAGAUCCCAUCAGCAACAGAGACACGGGAAGAUGCAGUGAUGUGGGUUCCUACAAGCCGGUGGCAGAAAUUGUGAAAGAAAAAAACCAACUGCACAGACUGCAGGGUCGGGUAAAACCCGAAGGGCCCAAAGCUCAGGUUCGUCUGGCAGAGCAGAACCCAACUUUGAAAGUUUCCCAAAUGAAGAAUACCUUUGAUGUCCCAAAGAAAUCUAAGGAGAGGCCAGUGGAAGUGCAAACACCUCCAAAGAAAGAUAUGUCGCGGCGAGUUGUGCGACAGAGCAAGUUCCGUCAUGUGUUCGGUCAGGCCGUGAGGAACGACCAGUGCUACGAUGACAUCCGUGUAUCCAGGGUAACCUGGGACAGCUCCUUCUGUGCAGUCAACCCCAAGUUUGUUGCCAUCAUCAUAGAUGCAAGCGGAGGAGGAGCGUUUCUCGUCCUUCCUUUAAAUAAGACCGGCCGCAUAGACAAGGCGUACCCGACAGUCUGUGGUCACACAGGCCCAGUGUUGGACAUUGACUGGUGUCCUCAUAAUGAUCACGUCAUUGCAAGUGGCUCGGAGGACUGCACAGUCAUGGUCUGGCAGAUCCCCGAGAAUGGACUGGACGCCGCCCUGUCAGAGCCUGUAGUGGUGUUAGAGGGCCACUCUAAAAGGGUCGGCAUUGUGUCUUGGCAUCCCACGGCUCGCAAUGUUCUUCUCAGUGCCGGCUGUGACAACCAGGUCGUCAUCUGGAACGUGGGGACGGGAGAGGCCAUGAUCAGCCUGGACGACAUGCACCCGGAUGUUAUCUUCAGCGUCAGCUGGAGUCGCAACGGCAGCCUACUGUGCACAGCCUGUAAGGACAAAAAGGUCCGCAUCAUCGACCCACGUAAAAAGAAGAUUGUGGCGGAGAAGGAUAAAGCCCACGAGGGAGCUCGACCAAUGAGGGCCAUCUUUUUAGCAGACGGAAACAUUUUCACCACUGGAUUCAGCCGCAUGAGCGAGCGUCAGCUGGCCCUGUGGAAAUCUGACAAUUUGAAUGAGCCCAUAUGUGUCCAAGAGAUGGACACCAGUAAUGGAGUUCUGCUGCCCUUCUAUGAUCCAGACACGAACAUAGUCUACCUGUGUGGAAAGGGGGACAGCAGCAUUCGGUAUUUUGAGAUCACUGAUGAGGCGCCGUUUGUUCAUUACCUCAACACCUUUUCAACGAAGGAGCCCCAGAGAGGCAUGGGUUACAUGCCCAAGAGAGGCCUGGAUGUUAACAAAUGUGAAAUCGCAAGGUUUUAUAAAUUACAUGAGAGAAAAUGUGAACCAAUCAUCAUGACAGUCCCACGUAAGUCGGAUCUGUUCCAGGACGACCUGUACCCGGACACGGCCGGCCCCGAUCCCACCCUGGAGGCAGAGGAGUGGUUCGCUGGCAAGAACGGAGGCCCGAUCCUGAUCUCACUCAAACACGGCUAUGUUUCCACCAAGAACCGGGACCUAAAGGUGGUCAAAACCAACAUCCUGGAGAGCAAGCCAGUCACAAAAGCAGAUAGCAUCCCCACCAUCCCCACCAUCCAGAAACAUGCUUCUCCACAAUCCACUGUUAAAAUGGAAGACAAACUGGAAGAGGUACUCCGAGAAUUCAAGUCACUCAGGGACCGCGUUAUCCUUCAGGACCGCCGGAUUGCCCGACUUGAAGAGCAGGUCGCCAAGGUUGCCAUGUAAGACGCACAGACUCUUGCCAGGAUUGCUGUUGUCUUUGGGAGUCAGCUGCAGCCAAUUUCUCAAGAUUCGGCUUCACCAAGCUUGGUUUCCGUCCCAUUCCGUCGAGACCAAGCCCACAUUCCAAGACGAACUUUAUUUUUGCUCAUCGGCCCUCUUGUUCCACACUCUGCCCUGACACACUCACAGAGGAGAGGAAAAACUUUUAGAGCUCAUGGUCAUAUCCGAAGAAAAAGACAUUUUUGUUUUUAAAGAAGUCUUAACUGUUUUAUUUUUUUAAAUGUGGUGAAGUAUUCUCAUGUGAAGGUUGUACCUACUGCUCAACAACUGUAGCAUCAGUAUUUCAUUGUUCUUAUUGCGUUGCCAAAUAUGAAUUGUGUGCCGUUUCAUGCACUGCUUUUACGUUGUUGGUUUUUCUCCUCCCUGUUGUACAUUCCAUUCACAACCUGGUAGAACAUUACAAGUCGAGCUGAAUUUUUGUUUUUUAAUUUUAAACUGUAGCUGUCGGUCUGUUUUCUUCCCACCAGUUUGCUCGUUGGCAUCAGUCAGAUUAAUGAAUGUGGAAGAGAUCCUAAAACAAUUUUCUCCUGUUCUCCUGGGGGUUUAAAUUGACCACUGGGGUCCUAAUGUUGAGAUGGAGGCUGGGUAGAUGUUACAUCUUCCUGCUGUAAAUGUUGUGAAAAUGUUGUGGUGCCUCUUGUCACUGUUAAGGGUCAAACUAGAGCUGCCCUCUCUGGUGCAUAUUGGUUUUUUGAAGGGACCCCUCACAGCCCGUGUUUUACUGAAACGUUGACAGAGAGUUCUGUGCACAUAUUAAAAAAUUUUACACAUGAAAA